CCUCCCCCGACCUCCCCCUACCUCCCCCUCCCCGCUCUUUGCCGCGCUGCAUUCUGGGCCCCCAUCAUGUCGGUGACGGACGAUGAAGUUAUACGUAAGCGGCUUCUGAUCGAUGGAGAUGGUGCUGGUGAUGAUCGGCGCAUUAACCUGCUUCUGAAAAGCUUCAUUAAAUGGUGUAAUUCUGGAUCUCAGGAGGAAGGGUAUAGUCAACAUCAGCGGAUGCUUGGCACAUUGGGCCAGUGUGAAUUUUCUAUGGGAAAAACGUUGCUUGUGUAUGAUAUGAACUUGAGGGAAAUGCUCAAUUAUGAGAAAAUAUCUAAAGACAUAGAAAGUAACAUUUCAGCUGCUCAUGACAAGAUUUCAGAAUGUAAAAAGCAGAUUCAACAAGCAAAGCGAAUUCGGAAAAAUCGCCAAGAAUAUGAUGCAUUAGCAAAAGUGAUCCAGCAACAUCCUGAUAGACAUGAAACUUUACAGCAAUUGGAGGCCCUGGGUAAGGAACUUGAACAUCUUUCUCAUAUUAAAGAGAGUGUUGAAGAUAAGCUUGAAUUAAGAAGAAAACAGUUCCAUGUUCUACUCAGCACAAUACAUGAACUACAGCAAACACUGGAAGGUGAUGAAAAAUUGUCAGAAGGUGAGGACUCGCCAGAGACACGGAUGGACAUUCAAAAUGGACAAUAAUGGAACUGCCAUUGAGAGAUUAUAUAUUCUAAUAAAAUGUUAUUUUAUGAUGGAAGAAAUAUUUCAUGUGAAACAUUCAAU